CAUAAGGGCCAUUAUUUCACUCCCGGUACAGGCCACUUUACAGCGGGUUGGUGCAUUAGAACACUUAUGGAGAGAUCUCAGCAUGCAUCAUCAUAAUUGUGGCCAAUAAUGUCAGCAGAAAAAAAUGAUUUGCAAAAAUGCCUCUCUGCCUCUUUCUCUCUGUUCUCCUCCUUCUCAUGUAGGCCUCUUCAUGGGAAUAAGCGGAUGGUUGUCUCUGUACCCUGGACAGAAAACCUUGAGCGAACCCUAGCCUCGGCCUUCAACUAUUUGUCUAAAGUACAUGUGUGUGCUGGCCGUCCCUCCUGCCUGUUCUGCAUGGUCAUGACCUGUCGCCACAUCCCCUCCACAGCCCGACUCGCCCUACUGGUCCUACUCACUGUCUCACCACAGCUGGCUGGAGCUGCUGCUGUGGGAGUGGAGAGGGUGGAGGGGGGGAUGGAGGGUCUCACCCGGACACACCCCAAAGAGGACGACCUUAGUCCCCUCCACACGCCCCCCGGGCUCACCCUCCCCAGACCCUUUAGCACAGUUCCCCUGGAGCAGGACCAGGGCACCCCAACAGACAUGGACCCUGCCCAGAUGCUGGCCUCCGUUCUUCUGGAGGCCCUGGACCACCCUGGGGCUGCAGAGACACUGGGCAGGCCAGAGGAGGGAGACAGUGCAGAGGGGCAAAGGCAGGAACCAGCCCACCUGGAAGCCAGGGGAAGUCAAGAGGGAAGGAGAGUAGGCAAUGUGGAGGAGGAGAGAUGGGGGCUGGGGGAGGAGAGUGGUGUGUUGGAGAGGAGGAUGGAGAGGCUAAGGGCAGCCUUAGAGGCAGCAGCCCAGGGGGAGGAGUUAAGGGAGUGGGAGGAGGAGGAGGAGGAGAGGAAAAAGUCUCAGGAGGAGAGAGGCGGCCCAACGGAAGGUGAGGUGGGCCGCGACGGAGGCGGAAGCGAGGACGGUGGAGAACGAGAGGAAGAGGAGGAGGAGGAAAGAGAAGGAGCGGAAAGAUCGGGGACCGUCUCUGACGGAGCAGAGUCCUCGCUCCGGCGCAAAACGAGAGGUUACUUCCAGAACAUUGACCUGGGCCUUCAAGACAAUGAGAUCUUACCUCCUCUGAAGGGCUACAAGGCAUACAAUACCCAGCUGGCACGAGCCGGCAAAAAACUCCACUGGCAGGAAGAGCAGGCGAGCAACCGGCCGAUCCAGGGCAGCAACUUCAUGGACGACUUUGACAACGAGGGCGAGGAGGAGGUGGAGGAGGAGGCGGAGAGCCUCACCCGCGCGGAGGAGGAGGCGCGUGCCCGCGCCGACAAACAGGAGGUGCUGAGGCAGCAGGAGGAGGCGGAGCAAGCCCGCGAGGAGGAGCAGCGGUUGGCCGACAUCGCCUCGGACAUGCUGCUGCAGUACAUGGGCAGGAAGCAGCAGGGGGCGCCCUACCUGGAACCGCGCCGCAAGUCGAGCGUGGACGCCAACGGCAACGCGGCCGAGGACAAGCGCUCCGAGGAGGUGGCCACCGACGACGACGACGGCGACCUGGAUCAGCAGAUGAUCGACAGGCUGAUCGAGAUCAGCAGCAAGCUGCACCUGCCCGCCGACGACGUGGUCGAGAUCAUCAGUGACGUGGAGGAGAAAAAGAAGAAGAGGAAGGAGCUGCCGCCGCCCGGCAAGCCCGUCGCGCCACGCUUCCGCCCCCUGGUGCCCCCUCCCCUGGCUGGACCCCCAAUCUACCACUACACAGCCUCCAGCAACCCCAAGAAAGCCCCGUACAAAGCCAACAGGAAGUGGCAGAAGGACAAAAACAAGGCCAAGUCCUAUAAGCAGGAGUACUGGUACAAACCCCAGAAGCAGGUCGACUACUGGUACAAGCCACAGAAACAGUUCCUGGCCUUCCCCUCCUACCCCUACUACCAGAAGCCAUACCGAGCCUACUACCCAGUCUACUUUCCCUACCCCAAAGCCACCGGCUACUACGAUAAGACUUCCCUUCCCAGGGACCAGCAGCUGUUUGUCCCCCAGGACUACGGCUUCCAGCCCCCCAGGCGCAGGCACCGUGCCGGGGUUAAGGCGAGGGGGCAGGGCUGGAGGCAACAGCCACCUCCACGCCUGCCUGCCACCCCGUACAUCUCUAACUACAUCCUCCCCCACCCACGGACCUACCAGCCCCUGCCUCCCCCCAAACCUCGUUCCCCCUCCGGGAGGGGCAGGCAGCCCCCCUUCUACUACCCCCCAGCGCCGGGAGAUGACUACGAGGAGGAUGGCCUGGAGCCCCAGCUGGACAGCGACGAAGAGCUGGAGAACUUUAUUGAGAGGAUCUACAUGAAGCGUAGAAUGUACUAGAAAAC